AAAAACUCACUGACAGAGCAAAACACGUAAUGAUUUCUGCAUGUGACUACAACUACACAUGAAAGCGUCCUUGCUGCUGCGAACCAAAAUCAAACAAGACAAAUUAAGAGAGCUUUUUUCAAGAGGAGGUUUCAUUAUCUCUUUCCAGAGAAGGAAAUAUGUUUGAUAUUCUUGGACUCAUUUGCAUGAUUUGGUGGURUAUGAUGCUAUUUCAUCCCUUGCAUGCUGACAUCCAAUGUAUGGAGUCCGACACACAAGAAUCACCUAUUAGGAAUGUGAAUGUGAACUGGAGAAAAAUGGAACUGUCCUGGGAGAGCAGCAGGAAUUUCUCAAAGUACACAUGUACCAUCRUGGACAGGGACAUGGAAAGUCUAGACGAAGAGGUGAAUAGUCCUCUAUGCAGCUUUCCAGUGGAACUAGACAUGCCUCUGCACAAAGGAGUGUUCUUUAUCAUUAAAGUGCCAAACACAAACAUCUCAAAAGAAUGCACCUUUCUCCCUGGAGGCAUGAAUGGRUCAGCCAUUGAAAACUUCUCCUGUGUGAUCUAYAACAUUUUCCUCAUGAACUGCACUUGGCAGGCAGGAAGGGAUGCUCCAGCAGACACACAAUAUUUCCUCUACUGGCAGAAGUCAAGAGAUGAUGAGGAGAUGGAAUGUGAGCUUUACAUUAAAGAUGAAAAUGGCAGAAAUAUGGGAUGUAUGUUCCAAAAUGUGAGCAUGGGGACUAAAAAAGCUUACUUCAUGGUGAAUGGGUCUAGCAAAGACUCCCGGAUCCAGUUCUAUGAUGAGUACAUUGACCUGCAUAAAAUUGAAAUACUCACUGCUCCAUUAAAUGUCACUGCCCAUUGUCCCAGAGAUUCAGCGGGUUGUGUAAUUACGUGGCACCCACCCCUUACAAGUUAUGUGGAGAAAGCAAAGUGUUUUCAGUAUGAAAUCAGCAUACAAAAUAAGGAUGAGCCAAACAAAGAGAAAAAUCUUCUUCGUAUAAGGAAUGACAGAUAUGAAUUCCAAAAUUACAAUGAGAAAAAAAGAUACAUUCUGAAAAUCAGAGCACGUGGAACAAGCUGUCAUGCAAGCUCAAACUGGGGGGAAUGGAGUGAACCCAUUGAGUUUGGUCAAGGGAAAGAUUACCUUGUUUUAGUGAUUUUAUUUUUGAUUGCACUUGGAACAAUCGCAAUUGUACUUCUCCAGUAUUGUCUUUUCAAACGGUACUGCAGUUUCAGCAAGAUAUUUCCUCCCAUACCACAACCAAGAGACAAAUUUAGUCAAUUAACUGAAGAAGACAACCAGACAGAAUAUGUGUAUCUACCAACAAGUCAUAAUGAGGAAAUAACUACAGUUGAAGAAUGAUCCAACUUUCCAAAAACACACUUGAUUACCCAACAUGAAAGAAAACUAUGGAUCCUGCUAACAAGUAUUUCAAACCAGCUUAUAAAGGAAUAAAAGAAUAUAAUAUAGGAUUAUAAAGGAAUAUAAAGGAAUAUAAUAUUAUAAAGGAAUAUAAUUAUAAAGGAAUAUAAUCACCUAUAAAACUGUUUGUCCCCUUAAAAUGGAGAAAAGUGUGGGGGGAAAUCUAUGAAAUUUGUUYGUUUCCCUUUGUUCAAACCCACAGUGCCUGGCAACUAAGCUUUUCUGCAAGCAUCUACUUUGAAGACAUGCUUCAACCUUGCUGGGAGCUUCUUCACAUUAAGA